AGGCUGGGCAGGGCAGUUCUGAGAUGAAGGGAGAUUCCAUUCCCACUGCCCUGUGGGAGAGAAGAAAGGAGGGAGCAAAAAAGGCAGCGGCAGAGUGAGGAAGAAGUUGCCGGGUGGGCCCACAAUGAAAACACUCGUCCUUUUGCUGCUGGUGCUCCUGGAUCUGGGACAGGCUGAAGGGUCACUUCACAGGGUGCCCCUCAGGAGGUACCAGUCCCUUCGGAAGAAGCUGCGGGCACGGGGCCAGCUCUCUGAAUUCUGGAAAUCCCAGAAUUUGGACAUGAUCCAGUUCACCGAGACUUGCACCAAGGACCAGAGUGCCAAUGAGCCCCUCAUCAACUACUUGGACAUGGAAUACUUUGGCACUAUCUCUAUCGGCUCCCCACCACAGAACUUCACCGUCAUCUUCGACACAGGCUCCUCCAAUCUCUGGGUUCCCUCUGUGUACUGCAGCAGCCAGGCCUGCCAAACCCACCCUAGGUUCCACCCUUCCCAGUCCAGCACGUACAAUGAGCUGGGAUUUCCUUUCUCCAUUCAAUAUGGGACCGGGAGCUUAUCUGGAAUCAUCGGAGCUGACCAAGUCUCUGUGGAAGGACUGAUAGUGGUCAACCAGCAGUUUGGAGAGAGUGUCAAGGAGCCAGGCCAGACCUUCGUGGAUGCAGAGUUUGAUGGAAUUCUUGGCCUGGGAUACCCCUCCUUGGCUGUUGGAGGAGUGACCCCAGUGUUUGACAACAUGAUGGCCCAGAACCUGGUGACUCUACCAAUGUUUUCUGUCUACAUGAGCAGUGACCCAGCAGGUGGCAAAGGAAGUGGGCUGAUUUUUGGUGGCUAUGACCACUCCCAUUUCUCUGGGAGCCUGAAUUGGGUUCCAGUCACCAAGCAAGGCUACUGGCAAAUUGCACUGGACAAUAUCCAGGUAGGAGGCACCGUGAUGUUCUGCUCUGGGGGCUGCCAGGCCAUUGUGGACACAGGGACCUCCCUCAUCACAGGCCCCUCAAACAACAUCAAGCAGCUGCAAAAGGCCAUUGGGGCAGAGCCCAUGGAUGGAGAAUAUGCUGUAGAGUGUGCAAACCUCAACGUCAUGCCAGAUGUCACCUUCACCAUCAAUGGAGUACCCUACACCCUCGGUCCAACUGCCUACACACUGCUGGACUUGGUGGAUGGAAUGAAUUUUUGCAGCAGUGGUUUUCAAGGUCUUGACAUCCAGCCUCCAGAUGGGCCCCUCUGGAUCCUGGGAGAUGUCUUCAUUAGAAGAUUUUACUCAGUCUUCGACCGUGGGAAUAACCAAGUGGGGCUGGCCCCAGCAGUCCCCUAAGGAUGGGCCUUGUGUCUGUGCUUGCCUGCCUGACACUCCUUGGAAAUUCAGCUGAGCCUGUUAGAUUGGGACAUCCUUCACAUCUGUCAAAAAGUCAUUGUGCAUAGACUACAGAUUCUCCUAAACUACAACUUGACCUUGGACCAAAUAGAGCAUGAGGACACCCAUAUACAUACACAUUCACAUAUACACAAUACACAUACUUGCCCAUACACACCA